UGAAAAAUAUUCUCUUAAUUCCGCUCUUAUCACUUUCAAGCUCCGUCUCAAAUUUUAUUUAUCGAUAAAAUUUUUUUUGCUUUGCUUUUUUUUUUGCAUAAAAAUCACCCAAAAAAAAAAAAAAACCAAAGUGUUCGUUCAACAAUGGAUUGAUUUUUAGAGUUUUCUUUUUAAUUUGAUUCAAAAAAAUGAAAAGAAUGCCCAAACAGGAAACUUGGAUUGGUAACUUUUCAUCUCGAAUUCGAAUCAGCAUUCCUGGUGAUGGGAGAUGCUUGUUCCGCUCGGUAAUGCAUGGUUCUUGGCUGAGAUCAGGGAGGCAGUCUCCAAGUGAGAGCUGUCAGAAAGAUCUUGCAGAUGAGCUCAGAGCUAAAGUUGUAGAUGAAUUCAUCAAGAGGCGAGCAGACACUGAAUGGUUCCUUGAGGGUGAUUUUGACAACUAUGUUGUGCAGAUGCGGAAGCCACAUAUUUGGGGAGGAGAACCUGAACUGCUCAUGUGCUCACAUGUCCUAAAGACCCCUAUAACAGUUUACAUGAGGGAGAAUAAUUCUGAUACCCUCAAAAUUAUAUCUGAGUAUGGUCAAGAGUAUGGUAAGGAAAACCCCAUCAGAGUCCUGUAUCAUGGUUAUGGACACUAUGAUGUAUUGAGGAGUCCAGUAAGCAGUGCCUCUUCUAAACCGUGGAAGAAAAGAUGACUGCGGAUAAUUGCACUGUAAAACUGGUGAUGCGAUGACGCUAGGAAUUCUGUACUGUAAUGCCUCUGUGAAUAUAACAGUAUCUCUUUGACUAGUUUGUAGGAAUAAAUUACUCAUUCAUGAUUCGAAAGAAUCUUUAUGUGAAUUACUCGUGUAAAUUUGACAAA